AUGGCUACCACYCAGGAGACAAUGCUCUCCCCGCGUGAACCCGGCCUGGAAGUAAACACCAAAGAACUUCAUCCACAGUCUGAAUCACAUCUCUUUCGUCUCCCAGCCGAACUACGUCAACAAAUCUACGAAUAUGUUAUUGGUACGGGCCAAGUGCACAUCAUCAUGCGCUCGUGCACUCAAUCCGAGUCUCCUCUCUUCCAUCACUGCACAACGAUCGAAGGUGUCGUAAUGCACGACUACCAAAAGCUCACCUACUCAACCUGCUCCCAUCCCACCACCUUCUCUACCCGCUACGCACUGUCCAAAAUGUCCAGUGAGAACAUUCCCGUCAUGUAUCAUAAUUCCCGCGGUCAUCUACCUCACCUCCCUGCACUCUCAACUUCAGACUACAUCUUCCCGAAUUGGGAUAUGCAACACGGGAAAUGCUACUCGGAUCCACAGCGGGACAUGUUACUACAGCGAUACGCUUCCACUCCCUGUGCACUGCAUAAUCAGUAUGUGCGACAUGAUACGCGGAAUUGUACGAGUUGUCUGGAACAGCAGAAGAUUCUGGAACUGGAAUUCGGACCGCCGACCGCAAAGCAAGGUCUCAAGAAACUUCAUGCGGAUUCUGCGGUUUGGGUAGAUGGGUUGUUGAGGAGUUGUGGCAGAAUUUAUGAUGAGGCGAGGGUCUUGCCUUUCAAGUUGUAUUCUUUUGAUAUGGGGGUCGGAGUGGACUUCAAGUCUGCGGUGGAGACUUGGCUGGAACCUUGGCAGGUUGCUGCGAUUGAGCGGUUGCACGUCACUUGCGAUAUCGAAGGUCUGGGAAAGAUUGUAGAUGUUGUGAGAAGUCGUAUGCCUGGAUUGAAGCAUCUAGAGCUGGAUGUUGUGUUGGAUGAUGUGACGGACAUAGUAUUCGAGAGAGAGACAGGACUGGACGUUGACUCAAUUGAGGUUGUGGUGGGAUUUGAUUGGAAUUGCAGAUUUGAAAGACAGGAAAGAAGGGUGUUGGCGGAGAAGUUGGAGCAGGCAUUGAAGGGUCAUGGAUCGUCUUGA